AAAGUUUUUGGUUUCUCGGAAUUAUAUCUAAGUGACUAUAAAAUAACUGUUUUUUGAUAUUUGUUAUCAAACGUGGAUAGAGUUGUGCCAUAGAAACUUGUCCAGUAUUGUGUUACUACUGUGUACCAAGCGUCGUUUUUUUUAUUCCUGUGUGAAAUCAAAGAUACAAUGGAAUGGGAUGAUGAUCUACUUAUUUCACUUGUACAAAAAUAUCCACAACUGUGGAAUAAAAGGGACAUGCAAUUUAAAAAUAAAAAUGCAAAAUCAAAUGCUUGGCGAACUAUUGCCUGCAUUUUGGACGAUAGAAGUGCUGAAGAGUGUGAAAGAAGAUUCACUGUUUUACGAAAUAAGUAUGCCUCUGAAAAGCGAUCCGAAAAGGCUUCUACAGCAUCUGGUAUUAUAUGCUCACAUGCAACCUCCCAGUGGCCCCAUUACCAAGCUAUGGGAUUUUUGGAUGCCUUCAUUUCAUUCAGAAAAAGGAGAAAUACUGGGAAUGUUGUCGAACAUGUACAGGACCACCCCAAACCUCCUCUGGAAAUACUGGGAAAGUUGCACGAAUGCAACAUGAAGAGGACUCUCAAACCUCUAGUGUCUAUCCCAGUUGAUUGA